GCGAUAAUUGAGGAGGACGUGACGUAAGGAUGGGCCCACGUCAGAGUGAUGUCAGCGCGAUAUAGCAGCCCCCUCAUGUCAAGGGCACCUCAUUGCACCGGGGAGGGAACCGCGUGUUAAAGAAGAUUGUCAAAGCUGUUGCACUGAAGGUCACCUUUUAAGCAACGAUGGACCAAGCAAGGUCUACCAUAUCUAAAAUUUUCAAUGGGGAGCCGCACUCCUACACACGAUUCAAUCUGACCCAGAACAUGGAGGGUGACAACAGCCAUGUGGAGAUGAAGCUGCCCACCGACAUGGACGAGGAAGCCGGGGCGAACAGCGCCAUGGAGAACCUGAACCACAACUCAAACCGCAAAUCCUACGUGGUUUACAAGAAUGGACGCACACCAAAGAACAUCAUCUUCUUCGCAGCCAUCGCUGUGCUCAUCUUUUUGAUAGGUUAUUUGAUCUCAUAUGGGAUUCAUGGGAAAAAGAAGCCAGCGCCCAGCUUUCCUCCACCCGUGUAUAUUGAAGGGCCCGAUGUACCGCGCGCCGUCGCACCCUUCAUGAAUUGGAACAAUGUCAAAGCCCUGUUAUCCCAAAGCCUCCGCACCGCAGACCUUGAAAGGACCUUCAGUGAGUAUCUGAGCUCGGACCACAGAGCUGGUUCAGAGGGGGACUACACUCUGGGCAACAAGGUCAUGGAGAGGUUCCAAGCGUACGGCAUGGCACCCUGGACCGACGAGCAUUUCAUCAAGGUCCAGGACCCGCCGAUAUCUGGCUCCAACAAAAUCAUUUUCAAGGGGAGUGAGCAACCGCUCACUGGGUUUCUGUCCUACAGCGCCACUGGAUCUGUCACGGGAGGUGCUUUGUAUGCGCACUACGGACGAGAUGAUGACUUCGGCCUGCUGCGAGACAAAAACAUCAACAUGACUGGAAGGGUGGUGCUGGUCCGAGCUGGGAAGAUCAGCUUUGCUGAAAAGGUAGCGAACGCUGCGAAAGUGAAUGCCGUUGCGGUGUUGAUCUACAAGGACCAGAGUGAAUACUCCAUUGGUGACGCUGAAGUCUAUGGACAUGUCCACCUGGGCUCUGGAGAUCCCUACACCCCCGGCUUCCCGUCAUUCAACCACACCCAGUUUCCUCCCAUCCAGUCGUCAGGCCUGCCCAAAAUCUUGGCCCAGACCAUCACUCAAAAAACAGCAAUGAACAUCCUCAACCAGAUGGGAGGUGAGAAUUGGCCACGCGACUGGGGCAGCUACAACCGGCUGGGACUGCAGGACGACGCCAUCACGGUGCAGGUCAACAAUGUUCUGACAGAGAAAAAGAUCCAUAAUGUUUUUGGCGUCAUCAAGGGCUAUGUCGACCCAGAUCGAUACGUGAUCAUUGGCGCUCGGAGGGAUGCAUGGGAGGCAGGGUUUGCUGCGUCCACAGUCGGAACCAGCGUCCUAGUUGAGCUGGCCCGCUGCAUCACUGAAACGGUGAAGAACGGGUUUAAACCAAGGAGGAGCAUAGUCUUCGCAAGUUGGAGUGCAGGAGAAUACGGCAGCGUUGGCGCCACCGAGUGGUUGGAGGGAUAUCUGACCUCUCUUAGCAUGAAAGCCUUCUCCUACAUCAACCUGGAUGGGAUUGUGACUGGUAAUGCAAUGUUCAAAGUCUCAGCCAGUCCUCUCAUGUAUAGCCUGAUUGAAAAGACUCUCAAAGAGGUUAAAGUUGAAGGGGUAGAUUCGUCCAUGCUCUCUGCGUAUGGAAAAGGCAACUGGGCAGCAAAUGUAUUGGAGCCUCUUACAAUGGACGAUGCUUCCUAUCCUUUCAUCGCAUUCUCAGGCAUCCCCUCCUUGUCUUUCCGGUUUACAAAAAACGACAUUGAUUACCCGUUCUUUGGUACCCGGCUGGACACCCAGGAGAGACUCAACAUGGAGCUGUCUAAUCAGACGCCACUGCUGGCUCAAAGAGCCGCCCGCUUUGCUGGUCACAUCGCUCUGAGGAUGGUCCACGACCAUCUGUUGCCACUGGACCUCCAGAAGUAUGACGUGGUCAUCCGCAGUCAAGUGUCGGAGAUCUACAAAAAAGUCAAGGCAAUUCAGAGGCUGCCCCGGAAGAUUCUCCCCAAGGCUCUGACGGUGCAGUGGUUGAGCACGGCAUCAAGUGCUUACAAUCAAGCGGCUCGCAAAUUGGAAAAUUAUGUUGAGAACAGCAACCUGGAGGACAUUGAGAUGUGCCGCAAUAUCAAUGAUCAAGUCAUGAUGGUGGAGAGGAACUUCCUGUCGUCGUUCGUUUCCGCCAGAGACACUCCGUUCCGCCACAUCCUGCUCGGCUCAGGUCCGCACACUCUCAAAGGGUUGAGCAACCACCUGGACGCUCUCAGCCUGGACAACCCUGAAGCUGACGCCGACCUUUUCCAAACUCAGUUUGCUCUGGCGACCUGGACCAUCCAGGGCUGCGCCAACGCUCUAGCUGGGAGCAUCUGGUCUCUGAAUGAAGUUUAAAAAAAAAAAAAAAAAAAAAAAAAAAAAAAGAUCCAUCAAGUCCCUCCCCUUCUCAGAUGACAUCAGCAAAUUGGCAACCUACUUCUUACAAUGAAUCGGAUAAUUAUAAGCGUGGAGCUAUUAUGAUUAUAAUAAUUUCAUUAUAAAUGAAUCACAACAGUCGAAAUAUGUGAAAUAUGUGUUGACAAUAUGCUGUCACUAACUUAUAUCCAGGAUAUAUGUUUGGCAUUUAUCGACCCGCAAGAUUAUUUAUCUUAACUAAUGGGUUCAGAUCCAGAUUUGUUUUAACUCGAGAUUCAACUACAAAGCAGCCGUGACUGGAUAACAGACAAUCAGCUGUUACAAAGCACCGUUACAUUUCUCCCACUGUCUCGAUUCCGAAUUGGCUCACGAGCUAAACCGUCCAAGAGGGAGGGUAAGACACUCGCACUGACACAAAGCCCUUACGUUUAUUUAUUGUUAUUUAUUUAUCAGUGGCAGGGUUCACUAUAAAUAUGUUUUUUUUAUCGCCUUUUAUAAGUAUAAUUAUCGGAAGCAGUGCCUUCCAUAAUUAUGACAGUUAUACUGUCGAAAUGACAAAAGCAGCAUCUGCUAAGAGAGGUGGACAUGCACGCCGACGGCGGCGCCGCAGGGAGGAUUCAAGCUAACACUGGAGUGAUUUGGUGGGCUUCGCAUGUUCACCUCUCGCCCUGACAACAUUAUCGGCAGCAGAGUCUGCCAUAAUGUGAAACAGAAGAAGGUAGUUUUUGCCUACCAGUGUAUGUUCGUAUCGGAGGCAGUGCCCUCCAUAUUUCACUGUAGGGGUGGAUGUUUUUUUUUUAAUUAUCGGGAACAGUGUUUCCCAUAAUGUCUGUACAUAGAAACGCCGCUUUCUGCUACAUCCUGCUACUUAAGUGUUCUCUUUGACUCUGAAUUAAAUAGAAAACAAAAAAUCAGUUGUGACGCUGCUUUCGUCGACUGAAUUUUUAUGGGCUAAUCGGGGAGGACCACCGUGCUACAACGGUGUGGUCAUGAUUGCCUCUUAUGUUUUGGUUUCUUGGUGUGAAUGUACUGUUUUCCUACGAUUUUUAAUGGGUACUUUCUGAGAAUUUCAUGUGCCUUUGGUUUCCCUUCUAAAGCCGAGUAUGGCUGUAUAUUUGCCUGUGGUUCUAAUGUUUUUGUGUGGGAGCUUUUUUUUUUUUUCUUUUUUUUUUUUUUUGGUUCGAAUCAAACAUGGUGCAAAGUUCAGACACUUCAUGAUUAAAUCCGGGAUGUGGAUGAUUCUGUUUCAUUUAAAUCUUCAAUUUCGAUGGCAAAAGUUUGGGUUUAUCUACACAGCAUUUAUUGAGUCUCAGCGUUAAACAAGUAGUGGGUCAUGUGCUUGCAACCCGACUCAAUUUGGUGUGCAACAGAGUAUGAUGUGAUAAAUCGGAUUGGUGUUUAAAAGUUACAGAUGUGUUGUUGAAAAUGGAUGGAACUAACAUGCUCACUCAGACUGUACACACUUUCCUCUGCGCUUUUUGUUACUGCAAUAAACAAUCGCCUCACAUUUGUUUGACUG